AUCUGGACCCUACUCAAACAAUCGGCGUGCAGAUGUGUCGGAUGUGACUGUGGAAUUAUACCCAGCCUAGUGAAGUAGCUUUCAAAACUUUCUUUCUGGGUUUACACACAAUUCAUGAUCAGCUGGCAAGGUACUGGAACGCUGCCAAUCCCUGUGGAACACUGAGUUAGGAGAUGGGCGGACCAGAGAAAAUCUCCAUACUUACGCCAGAAUAUUGUGCUGCUCUCUACUUUCGACUGAAAAAAGGAACCAAUGAGCUCUGGUGUGCGAGAUAAACACGCAUUCAGUUUUAUCUUUGGCAGAAUGUAUUGGAAAAGAACCAGGAGAGUUUUCAGGGGGAAUAAAUACACCAAAUAUCCUGUUAAUGCAAUCAGCUUGCCGACAGCGAAGAGCAACGAGCGCUGGAAAAAUACAUCCAGAUAGGAGCAAACUGCAAAGAAACACAACCCUAAAAUACACUCUACACUACAAUGGAAUUGAAGCGUUCGAUAAGGGAAUACUUCCGACAUUAGUCUUACCAGCAGUACAAAGAGGAGGAACACGUCUUAACGUCCCAUCGCUUUAUUGAUUCAGGCGGCACUUUCUGACACAGGACGGGAUUGGUAACUCUAUACGAUUCUCCAGGUUAACGAGGGCGAAAAUGUGGCAGAAAAUUGCGCUUAUGGUUGCUGUCUUUCUUACCCCAUGCGCCAGUAACAAACCAGAUCAGUGCCCCAUUCCUCCGAGUGUGACAUCUGCUCAAAUAAAGAAUGAGUUCAGCAUUCUGCAAAAUUUCUUUGUGGGUCAACGUACUCACUACGAAUGUUUGCCAGGUUAUAUUCAGAAUGAAAACACAACUGAUUUUAUCAUUUGUCAAAGUAAUUUAACUUGGUCAGAGCCAUUGAUAAGUUGUAUACCUAUAGAUUGUGGUGAUCCAAAAGAUAUAAAGAAUGGCUACCACACAUCUACAGAUCGAACGUAUGGGAGUACAGCAACUUACGACUGCAAUAAAGGCUAUCAACUGAUUGGUAAAGGAACAAUAGUGUGCACUAUUGAUGGAUGGAAUAAAAACAUUCCGUUCUGUGACACUAUUUUAUGCGAUCCUCCGAACCCUAUUAGCAAUGGAGAUGUGACUGAAAGAGAUAGCUGGGACAUUGGAACAGAUGCAAAAUAUUCAUGCCAUGCUGGCUAUAUUCUGAUUGGUCAACGUAUCAUUAAUUGUACAGACACUGGGGACUGGAGCCAUGACCCUCCUAUUUGUAAAGCCCUUCCUGACCAUGAAGAACAGCUUUCACCUCCUUCUACCAUCGCAGCUACAACAAUACGUGAAACAACACCUGAGAUAAACAAUAUUACCACAGAUGGUGGAGACAGGAACCAUUUGCUUUCAGCACUUCCUAAUUUGGCCCUUCCUGACCAUGAAGAACAGCUUUCACCUCCUUCCACCAUCGCAGCUACAACAAUACGUGAAACAACACCUGAGAUAAACGAUAUUACCACAGAUGGUGGAGACAGGAACCAUUUGCUUUCAUCACUUCUUAGCUUGGCCCUUCCUGACCAUGAAGAACAGCUUUCACCUCCUUCCACCAUCGCAGCUACAACAAUACGUGAAACAACACCUGAGAUAAACGAUAUUACCACAGAUGGUGGAGACAGGAACCAUUUGCUUUCAUCACUUCUUAGCUUGGCCCUUCCUGACCAUGAAGAACAGCUUUCACCUCCUUCCACCAUCGCAGCUACAACAAUACGUGAAACAACACCUGAGAUAAACGAUAUUACCACAGAUGGUGGAGACAGGAACCAUUUGCUUUCAUCACUUCUUAGCUUGGCCCUUCCUGACCAUGAAGAACAGCUUUCACCUCCUUCCACCAUCGCAGUUACAACAAUACGUGAAACAACACCUGAGAUAAACGAUAUUACCACAGAUGGUGGAGACAGGAACCAUUUGCUUUCAUCACUUCUUAGCUUGGCCCUUCCUGACCAUGAAGAACAGCUUUCACCUCCUUCCACCAUCGCAGCUACAACAAUACGUGAAACAACACCUGAGAUAAACGAUAUUACCACAGAUGGUGGAGACAGGAACCAUUUGCUUUCAUCACUUCUUAGCUUGGCCCUUCCUGACCAUGAAGAACAGCUUUCACCUCCUUCCACCAUCGCAGCUACAACAAUACGUGAAACAACACCUGAGAUAAACGAUAUUACCACAGAUGGUGGAGACAGGAACCAUUUGCUUUCAUCACUUCUUAGCUUGGCCCUUCCUGACCAUGAAGAACAGCUUUCACCUCCUUCCACCAUCGCAGUUACAACAAUACGUGAAACAACACCUGAGAUAAACGAUAUUACCACAGAUGGUGGAGACAGGAACCAUUUGCUUUCAUCACUUCUUAGCUUGGCCCUUCCUGACCAUGAAGAACAGCUUUCACCUCCUUCCACCAUCGCAGCUACAACAAUACGUGAAACAACACCUGAGAUAAACGAUAUUACCACAGAUGGUGGAGACAGGAACCAUUUGCUUUCAUCACUUCUUAGCUUGGCCCUUCCUGACCAUGAAGAACAGCUUUCACCUCCUUCCACCAUCGCAGCUACAACAAUACGUGAAACAACACCUGAGAUAAACGAUAUUACCACAGAUGGUGGAGACAGGAACCAUUUGCUUUCAUCACUUCUUAGCUUGGCCCUUCCUGACCAUGAAGAACAGCUUUCACCUCCUUCCACCAUCGCAGUUACAACAAUACGUGAAACAACACCUGAGAUAAACGAUAUUACCACAGAUGGUGGAGACAGGAACCAUUUGCUUUCAUCACUUCUUAGCUUGGCCCUUCCUGACCAUGAAGAACAGCUUUCACCUCCUUCCACCAUCGCAGCUACAAUACGUGAAACAACACCUGAGAUAAACGAUAUUACCUCAGAUGGUGGAGACAGGAACCAUUUGCUUUCAUCACUUCCUAGCUUGGAUACUGCUACAUAUGAACAAAGGCAAACAGAUCUUUCUACAACCACAACUGUAAACACAAUAAUCAAUAAAACAAUACCUCCAAACAACUCCCCAAUUCCUACAGAUAGACUCGACAAAAGCUUAAUGCUUUCGGCAGCUCCUCACUAUUCCUCUAAUGAGUACUGGAAAAAGGGGAUAUUCUUUGGAGCCAUCCCUGGUGCCAUUGUUAUAGUACUAAUUAUAAUCAAGGUUAUUUGUGACAGAAGAAAAUAUGGAUCCUAUAAUACAGGGAGUCAAUUCCCAGAAUAUCACAAGGACACUGAAGUAGCAACAAUUAACCUUAUUGGGAAUUGAAACUGCAGCCGUUUUAGAUGAAUGGUCGUCAAUCUUGUGGGAAAUAAUAUUCCAGUCCUUUCAGUUCAAUGGAUCAAAUUCAUAAAGGUCUCCAUGACAAGAGAGAGGAAUCAGAAAGCAGCAUGAUCUUCGUGCUACUUCUAGAAAUUUGGAGUCUGUAUAUAAAAAAUAAAAGAUUCAAAUUUCUUUGCUCAAAAUUAAUUUUUGAUGUGAAUUAUCUUAAGAAAUGUAAACGUUCUACUGUUCCAUAGUGUUAACUUAGCUCCAAUUUUGCAACCUUGGCAAAAAUUAGGUUGUACUGGCUCAACGGAUGUCUGUAGGCAAGUGGUGAGCCUCUCACUGCAGCCCUCUAAUUGACAGGUAUUGAGAAAGUUUGCCUAUAGAGUAUUCCCUGUGACAAACCUGACAGGAAAACCAGGAUCACUGGCAAUUUGGAUCUGGCAGGGAUCCCUUUAAGGAGAAAUGCAGCAUCAGCCAAAUUCCAAGAGCGGGACAAGUUCAGCUCUUCAAAUAUCAUAACAAUUAUGUGAAGAAAUGUAAACCUUAGAAAAUGCUUGCAAAAACAAUUGGGACAAAUAUGGCAAAUAAGCAGCCCUACUGUGCUUUGGGUGUACAAAAAAGAUUCAAAAUGAUAGGACUGAAGAAAACUCCUCAGCCCAUCUGGUCAGGCACAAAAAUCUAGCACCCUUAAAUAUCUCUACACUCUACUUUCCUGGAUAAAACACAUGCUCUGUGCAACAUCACUCCUCUUAGCUUCAGCUAAUGCCCCUGAUUUGGUCUGAAACAUAUUAAUGAGGUUGAAUUGAUUUAUUCCCUUAAGCACGUUGAAUGGUGUCUGCCCUCAGUCUUUGCUUAUUCAAAGUAAAAUGCAACACACAUAUAGAGAGAUCAGAAAUGAGAAGUUGAGUCCAAAAUUAAAAGUUAAAAAGGAUAUAUGAAUCAGUCUUUGGUGUGUCCGUGAGGAGUAGAUGGCAAAAUGCUGCGGCCAUUAAGUUGAUUGAUUCUGGUAGAGCUGACUUUGGCAGUUGAACAGUUGGUUUGGAGGCACUUGGUUUUGCUGAGUAGCUGAAGGAGUUGUCCUGUUUCCUUUUUGACUGUGGCUUUGCUGACUUGCCUCCAGCGAGACAGAGAGAAAAGAGAGAGAGACUUUUUCUUGCAAGCUGCAGGGAUGCAUAUUUGCUGUUUUUCUGCUGUGACCUUCACAGCACACACUAGCUUAGCUGAACUAGAACACAGCUCAGGUUUGCAGCUUGCUUUUUAACCCAUUUCCUUGUGUAUUCCUGGAAGAGAAAAAAACAAACAUAUAUUUCGCCCAGAAUCUUUCUUUCAAUUCAGAUCAUUUCCACAUUCUGAGAUACAACUCAAUAGGAUAUGGUUUCUGCUGAGAUGUGGCAGUCUCCAUUGUCUCCCCCACCACAGGAAAUUCAAGUUCAUUCUUUUGCAUUGCAUUUCUUACUUUUAGGUGUCUCUGUCUAAAGAGGGCCUUGACACCUUCUUAGUUGUGACAUUCCAUGGUCUCUCUGAACUAGUCAGUGGAGCAUAAUCCACAUUGGAAUUUCCCAGAAAGUGGUUACUUUAUAUUCUCAACCAGCUUUUGCUUGUAGGUCAUUUAAAAAAACACAUCUUAAUUAAAAAGUUCAAUCUACCUUAAGUAAUUUGGGGCUGUGAUCCCCUGUCAUGACAAGGGACAAGUUAUUAAAAAAUGCAGUUACUUCAAUGAAUGAAAUUUUCUGGAUACUAGUUUUGCAUGAAUAUAGAACACAGAUGCAAUUUGUAAUGUUUCUGCAGGUUUAGAGAUGUCAGAUUGUAUCAUUGAUAACAUGUAUUGCCACGAUUGUUAUGAUGUGUGAUCUGAGGUUGCCACCUGUGUAAUUCAAUUCAAUGUAAUGCAGCUGUAUAAAUACCGAUGAGUUUUCUGGUGUAGUGUGUACAACUAUUUUGUAUGGUUUCUCAGUUGCAUUUCAUAAAUGGCUACUUCAAUUAUGAA